AAUCUAUCGGCAUCACUGGUAACAGUUGUGGUUGGGGGCGGAAUUGAAUUUAUUUUUCCAAACAAAGUAAACACGGGAGCACGUCGCCAGCUCUCUCUGUCCAACCGCUUUUGUGCCAGUAGCACCUCUGUUAAAAGUCGAGUCAAUCGUCAAAAAUCGAAACGCACCCACGAUGGCUGCCCACUUCUUUCGCACGGCAUUUUACGCAACGGCGGGGAGAAAAUCGAUGAGCCUACCCUUCGCCGCCGGCCGGACAGCCGCAACUCUGGCCGUGGGCCUGUCCUUUGGUGCACAAAAUAGCCGGGGCACCGUACCGUACGAGAAUGUCUACGCCGAUAGCUUCUUCGGUGGCUGCCAGACCCAGGGACUGCUCCAGCGCCCGCUGGCGGAGUAUCGGGAGAUCCAGCGCCCCCUGGUCCGGAACUUUGCUAGCCUGCAAGCCAACCGUCCGCAGGAGCAGCCGGGUCAACAUAGCGCCAUGGCCCCGUUGAAGAAUCGCCGGCAGAUAUCCUCGCAGGAUAUCACCAAGAACAUGACGCUGUACACCAACAACAAGACCCCUGUGGAGGUGGAUCCCAAGACUUUGGCCUUCAAGAAGCCAACGGGCAACCCACUGGUUCUGAUGAUGGCCUGGCUAAUGGCCAAGCAGAAGCACCUGAAGAAGUACGCCCAGAUCUACACGGAGAUGGGCUUCGAUGUGAUGGUGGUGCACAUCACACCCUGGCAGCUAUUGUGGCCUGUUAAAGGAACUCAGGUGGUUGCUGCAGAGACUCUUCGUUUUCUGGAAAACAACCAGUCCUACGAGCCGAUCGUAAUGCAUGGCUUUUCUGUGGGCGCCUACCAGCUGGGCGAGAUCAUGUUGCAGAUGUCUCGCGACAUGGAUAGAUACGGACCCAUCUUGGACCGCUUUGUCUGUCAGGUUUGGGAUAGUGCCGCCGACAUCACCGAGAUUCCGGUGGGUGUGCCCAAGUCGAUUUUCCCCAAGAACGAACGCAUGCAGAGUGCUCUGAGGAACUACACCCUGUACCACCUGAAGACAUUCCACAACCAGGCCACUAUCCACUACAUGCGCUCCAGUCAGAUGUUCCACUCGACCCUGGUGAAGGCUCCGGCGCUGUUCUUUGUCUCGGACAACGAUCCGAUCGGUCCGCCAUCCUCCAACCGUGCUGUCAGCGACAAUUGGGAGCGUGCCAACAUCAAGGUAACGUUCAAGCAAUGGGAACGCUCCCAGCACGCUGCCCACUACAUGCGCCACCGCGAAGAGUAUCUGCAGAUGCUUUUCCAGCAUUUGGAAGCCUGCGGCGUUCUGGAGGCCAUCGGCGUGCCCAAGCGCGCCAAGUUGUAGACUCCCCUAGGCGAGGAGCCGCUGAAUUUGGUGAUAUAAAUUUAUUCAAGAAUCAAUGCGAUUAUGAUUUUAUCCUAGCUGCUAAGACCUAAAAGUUUAACGAAAAAAUGUCCUCUACGUAUGAGUAAAUGAU